AUGGAUGACGAGGUCGAGUCUAUCCUUUACAUCGGGAGAGAAGUCAAUGUCUACAAGAUUCCCCCGUUGAAGGCGAACGAAGGGCAUCGCGCAAAUGACUGGGGAGAUCUCGCUCAGCCGUUAUGGAAGGGUCGUAUGCGGAUCAUUGAGAAGUCUUCCGGUGUCUCCAUCUUGUUUGAGGACCCGUCGACGGGUGCGUAUUCAUCCGCUAUUGAGUACGACCCGGCCAAGCCCCCAAUUGAAGCUGUCUUGGACUCAUCGCGGUACUUCGUCGUACGCGUGGAAGAUGGCGGCCGGAAAGCAUACAUAGGCAUGGGAUUUGCUGAUCGCUCAGAUAGCUUCGAUUUCAAUGUUGCUCUCCAAGACUAUACAAAGAGAUGGAAAGCGUCCAUGAACCCACCGUCUCCGACGGAAGACAAACCUUCUCCCCACGUCCCUGUUGGGCCUAAGAAGGAUUACUCGCUGAAAGAGGGUCAGACAUUCUCCAUAUCCAUUCCAGGGAAGACCAGCACGAAGACAGGUGCUUCUUUGUCAAGCGGAACAGACCUUCUUGGAGGAUUGGGCGGCGGCGGGAACAGCAGCUCAGGCGCUAGUACAGGAGCUUUCCCGUUGUUGCCUCCUCCCCCCAGU